CACGGUGCCAAAACAUUCAUCGGCUUCGAUUCCUUUCUGACCGAAGCAUAUAAGCUUCAGAUUUUUCAUUUUACGCAUCGUUUCGUUCAUAACCGGUGCUGUAAAGCUUCAAAAUUAUCAGAGUUUGUUCAUUUCUUCGCGUUGCUGCUUCGUCAUUGCUUCAUUGCUUCUUCUUUGUGAAUCCACUGUUCCACUUCUCCCUCUCACGGUUGAACGUCCUCUCUUCUCACCUUCAUUGCCUCCAGCGUCGUCGUCCAACGCCACCAUCGUCUCCGCCGUUUGUCGACAUCGCCGCCACCGACUAUUCUCACUGCCACCGUCUCCCUCUUCAUCAAUCAUAAACGAAAGCCCUAAUCCCCAAUUUUCUUUCACUCUUUUUCUCUCUCAGCGAUUCAUCUCUUUUGAAUCCAAUCCAUGGCACCUAUGGGUCCCGGUUUCCGAUUCCACCGCAUCAACGAAGAGCUGGUGGUGUUCUACCUGAACCUGAAGCGCAAGAUCACCGGAAAGCUCUAAUCCCCAAUUUUCUUUCACUCUUUUUCUCUCUCAGCGAUUCAUCUCUCUUGAAUCCAAUCCAUGGCACCUAUGGGUCCCGGCUUCCGAUUCCACCGGUUCUACCUGAACCUGAAGCGCAAGAUCACCAGAAACCUGUCCCGAUACGACACAUCGCAGUGGUUGAUGUCUACAAGCUCGAGCCUUGGGACCUUCCCCCUCUGUCGAAGCUGAAGACGAAGGACUUGGAAUGGUACUUCUUCAGCGUGAUGGACCGCAAGUAUGGAAAUGGCUCCAGGACCAACCGCGUCACCGAGAAGGCUACUGGAAAGGACCGCCUUGUGGCCCAUGGCAACUGCACCGCGGGGAUGAAGAAGACCCUCGUGUACCACGCCCCUGUUCUUUCUAUCACCUAUUCCCACCUCUGCCAAGUUCAACUACCACGAUUCCCACCUCUGCUCAAGUACCCCUUAUAAGCCUAAGAUGGUUGUGAGAGCUUAUAUUUUUGCUUUGUGAUCAAUGUUUUGCGGACAACACCUCUUGGGAUGAUGAUUUUUUUGGUUUUUUGUUUCGUGUUUUUCUUUCCUUGAUGUUGCCUGCGUUGUGAUUUUAACAUACAUGGGUUUAUUUUUGCAGCCCAUUAAGGAAGGUGCUCUUGGAAACAUUCCAACCAUUGCUUUCUAUGACACUGACUCACCCAUGAGGUAUGUGGACAUUGGGAUUCCUGCCAACAACAAGGGCAAACACAGCAUUGGGUGUCUCUUUUGGCUUCUUGCCAGGAUGGUGUUGCAAAUGAGGAGUACCAUUCGUCUUGGCCUCAAAUGGGAUGUUAUGGUGGACUUGUUCUUCUAUAGAGAACUAGAGGAGGCUAAGCAACAAGAGGAGGAGGAAGCUCCUGCUGGUGAUUAUGCCAUCACUGACUAUAAUCCUGGUGCUAUUGCUGCUGAUGGCCAGUGGCCCGGUACAAUUGAUCAAUCGUGGACAGAUGCAGUUCCACAACCUAUUCCAACUGUACCUGGCAUCAACUGGGGAGCCUCACCUUCUACAGAUGCACCUGGAUCGUCUCAGAUACGUCCCCGUAUUCUAAAGUCUCUCAAAUUGGUCCUUAAUUGUGAAAAUUUAAAUCAAUUGAGACCUUCCCGUUAAGUUGGCUGGACGGCGUUAAAAAAUUGAUGCGUGGGUUGCUGAGAUGACCAAAUGGGUGUGGAAUUUGGGAUAAUUGGGAGAAUAAUUGGGAUUUGAGGAAUCCCUAAAUUUGAAGAAAUCCCUAAAUUUGAAGAAAUCCUUAAAUGCCUAACGAGAGCGAGGUUCGUCUUCGAGCUUGUUGAGCUUGUUAUUGGAGGGUGUUUUGGUUCGACGCAGGUGGAUAGGUGGUGAACAUAGUUGUUCGAAGACGAUGUCGAAGGAGUGUUCCUGUUGUUCGUCGACAUGCAAUGUAUGGCGGAAGGAGAACCGUAAUGUGUGUUCAUCGAUUUGCCACUGUGGGCUGAGAUGUGCGAUGAGAAAGGCUAAAACUUUGAAGAAUUGUGACAAGCAAUUUUGGGAAUGCUCGAAGUAUAAGGUAUGAUUUAUUUCACGUUUCUAAGAAGAGAUUGUUGUUUAUACAUAGUGGUGCUGAAGAGGGUGGUUGCAACUACUUCAAAUGGUGCAAUGAUGUUGCGGAAGAGGAAAGGGGCACAUGCUUGAAGUGUGAAGGAAACAAAGGAAGUUUGGUGCACAGUGAAGAAAUGGAUAGUAAUAGGAAAAUGUUAGUUAAGUUAGAGAAAUCUUUGUUGGUUGUUCAAAAGUGGAUGAAGGUCUUGAUAUUUUUGGUUUGUCUUUUAUGUGUAAUAAACACAAUUUAAGUGUCAAUGUUG